AACCCGCGAGUGACUGACUCAGCCUCCUUCGCUCCAGCCUCCCAGCCCGCCGCGAUCUUCCACCCUUUCCACUCGUAGGGUCCCUGGCUUCUCUCCCCCGGGGCAUUCCCGGGUUCCCGGCGAGCAGGGUGGACCCCGCCUCGCCUCCUCCCCUCGGGCUCGGGCGGCGCAGGCGCAGCAGACGCGCCCGGGAGGCCAAGGACUAGAGCGGCUCCGGCUCCCGCUCCACCCGCCCAGUCAGCUCCCGGCUGGUCUGCGGCCACCGGGCCGCGUCGGGCAGGGCCGGCGGGCGGCGUCGCCAUGGGCUCGGGUUGGAGCAGCGAGGAGGAGGAGCGGCAGCCGCUGCUGGGGCCGGGGCUCGGGCCUGCGUCGGGGGCUGCGCGCAGGGGCCGGGAGGCGGCGGCCGUGCUGCCCGCGGCGGGCCCGGGCCCCGGGAGGGUGUACGGGCGCCGCUGGCUGGUGCUGCUGCUCUUCUCGCUCCUCGCGUUCGCCCAGGGCCUGGUCUGGAACACCUGGGGCCCCAUCCAGAACUCGGCGCGCCAGGCCUAUGGCUUCUCCGGAUGGGACAUCGCGCUCCUGGUCCUCUGGGGGCCCAUAGGCUUCCUGCCCUGCUUCGCGUUCAUGUGGCUGCUGGACAAGAGAGGUCUGCGGGUCACUGUGCUUCUGACAUCAUUUCUUAUGGUUCUGGGAACUGGUCUAAGAUGCAUACCUGUAUCAGACUUAGCCCUUAAGAAAAGAUUAAUCCAUGGGGGACAGAUACUGAACGGACUGGCAGGUCCAACUGUCAUGAAUGCGGCGCCGUUCCUCUCUACGACGUGGUUUUCUGCUGACGAGCGAGCCACCGCCACAGCAAUCGCAUCGAUGCUGAGUUACCUCGGUGGAGCAUGCGCGUUUCUCGUCGGGCCCCUGGUUGUUCCAGCUCCCAAUGGGACGGCACCCCUUCUCGCUGCAGAGAGUAGCAGGGCUCAUAUUAAAGACCGAAUCGAGACUGUGUUGUAUGCAGAAUUUGGAGUUGUAUGCCUAAUAUUCUCUGCCACACUAGCUUAUUUCCCGCCCCGGCCUCCUCUUCCUCCCAGUGUUGCUGCUGCGAGCCAGCGGCUGAGUUACCGGCGGAGCUUUUGUAGGUUACUAAGCAAUUUGAGGUUUUUGAUGAUUGCUUUAGCAUACGCAAUACCACUUGGUGUGUUUGCUGGCUGGUCUGGAGUUCUGGACCUAAUUUUAACCCCAGUGCAUGUCAGUCAAGUAGACGCUGGCUGGAUUGGAUUUUGGUCCAUAGUUGGAGGCUGUGUUGUUGGGAUAGCUAUGGCAAGGUUUGCAGAUUUUAUCCGGGGUAUGCUGAAACUGAUUCUUCUCCUCCUGUUUUCUGGGGCUACACUGUCAUCCACGUGGUUCACCCUGACCUGUCUAAACAGCAUCACCCACUUGCCUUUGACAACAGUGACACUGUAUGCCUCCUGCAUCCUCCUGGGAGUGUUCCUGAACAGCAGCGUUCCCAUAUUCUUUGAGCUUUUCGUGGAAACUGUGUACCCUGUUCCAGAAGGGAUCACCUGUGGAGUUGUCACCUUUUUAAGUAAUAUGUUCAUGGGAGUGCUUUUAUUUUUUGUCACAUUUUAUCAUACAGAGUUGUCUUGGUUCAACUGGUGCCUUCCCGGGUCCUGCCUGCUCAGUCUUCUUCUCAUUCUGUGCUUCAGGGAGUCCUAUGACAGACUCUACCUUGACGUGGUCGUCUCGGUUUAAGAAGACAGACUCGUAGGACUUUAAAGGGACUGUACUUUAGUAGUGCACCUUUGCUUGGAAUUGCACAUGCAAUGGGAGAAAAGGCGAAGAAAGAAAUUUCUGUCAGAGGUUCUGUUAAGUUACAGAGUCUCACAUUAAUUUAAUGACUACUAGGUAAUAAUAGUGCAGGACGUGAGUGUCGUGAGUGUUGUGAGGACGUGAAAACUCUGUGGACAGCACAGUUGUGUUGGCGGCACACUUGAGUGGAGCUGUGACAGCUCACACAGGACGCACUGCCCAAGUAAGUCACCCCCAUGUGCGCUGUACCUGUGCUGACCCACCGAUGAGCUGAACUGCGGCAAGAAGCAUGGUGGUCCUAUGAAGAUGACCCCUCCCAGGCACACAGCAGAGGGAUGGGACUCACGCCACUAACUUCUGAAAACAUCAGAACCCUGCAUCAGACUUUAAUUACAAAAUAGCAGAGCUGUAUACCAGUGAUAGAAGUUAGCCCCGUGUACACUACAUGUUUUUCUAAUAAAGCCAUUUCUUAUAUGACUCCUUACUUUUAACCAGGUUGGAAGCCUUUCACUGUCCUUGGGCACAGGCCCUGGUUCCUUCCCACCACCCUUGUUUCUGUGAGUAUGGCAUCAGUAACGCCAGCAAGGUAACUAAAUGCCUGCUAGGGUUGCAUUAACUGUUGUGUGAAAAGCGUAACUCUGUUAUGAUUUAGCACUUGGUUAAAAAUGAACUGAGAACUACAUGAAGCAUGUGUGUCUUCAGACGUGUGUGGCACACGUGUAAAGUCCAGCGCCCACUGUAACUUACCAGGUUAGAUAAUAGUCAGAUGAGCCCCCAUUUGAAAAGAACAGUGUAUCACUUCGAAGGUUUGAAGAUCUAUCUGUGAUUUCUGAAUUGCACCCGUGUAUUUUAAUUUAGAUUGUAAUAUACUCAGUUCUAAAUGAAGCCAUUGUAUUUGAUUGGACAGAUUUUUGCCAAUACCUAUUUCUUUCUAUAAAUAAUGGAUUUUUUUAAAAAAAACA